UAUGAUUGAUGAAACAAACAUUGGAAGUGUCAAUAAUAUUAUUUACCAAUAAAUAUGUCAUUUAAAUUAUUAAAUAUCUUAAAAAGUUAAAUAUUUACGUAAUAACAAUUAAUCAUAUUAAUAACACUUCUGACAGUGAAAGGCGUAGAGCAAAAGAAAAAUUGAAAAUAAUGAUGAUUAGAAAGUAACUUACAUUGAAUCAAUGGGAAAUAGUAACAUUUCCGAAAAAAGGGAAUGAUUGAAUUUGUAAUUCUUUAAUAUUUCAUUAAAAUGGAUAGUUUCUGAAUAACUCAAGAUGAACUUGAAAUAAUUUUUAAAUUUUCGACGUCAUUACACUUUAAAAGUGAAAUGAAUUUAACUAAAAUAAUUGUACCUUGACAGAUUAAUGCGUUUUUAUUAAAACACAUUUAAAGACCAAUUCCUAUUUUCAAAUUAAUUAAGUGUACAAUGGAGAACACGAUUAAUAAGGAUGAUCAAGAGAAUCAAGAUGAUGCUGAUUCUGGAGUAGAUGAAGUAGAGCCUCGAUUAAAGUAUGUUCGAAUGCAAAAUAGCAUUAAAAAUAUUCUCCAAGAUGAUGCAGCAAGUUGCAUAGCAGUCCAUCCAAAGUUUCUUUGUUUGGGCACACAUAUGGGAAAAAUUCAUCUCCUCGAUCAUCAAGGCAAUAUAAUUCCAUCACAAACUCUUCAAGCUCAUUCUUUAACGGUGAAUCAAAUUUCAAUUGAUUCUAAAGGUGAUUAUAUUGCUUCAUGUUGUGACAAAGGAAAAAUUUUUAUCUAUGGCUUAUAUACUCGUGAGAAUAAUCAUAUAAUGAAUUUAGAACGUCAAGUGAAGAGUAUAGCAAUAGAUCCUAACUAUUCGAAGCCAGGCAAUAGUAAAAAAUUUAUAACUGGCGACGAUAAACUAAUUCUUUAUGAAAAAACAUUUUUAUCUCGUAUGAAGUCAACAGUUCUAUGUGGAGCAGAAGGUGGAGUUCGAUCUGUAGCUUGGUCAGGUCAGUUUGUAGCUUGGGCAUCAGAUACAGGAGUUCGUGUUUAUGAUCUAAAUGCUCGAUGUUCAUUGGGUUUGAUGCAAUGGCCUCGAAGUUCAGACGCACUCCCUGAAAAUUAUAGAUGUAAUUUACGAUGGAGCGGAGAUCGAACUCUAUUUAUUGGUUGGGUUGAUACUGUACGUAUUUGUCAGAUACGUAAACGAUCAGCUCAAGAAAUGAUCAACAGAGAUCUUCCUGAACUUGUAGUUGAUCCUAUUUCCACUUUUCAAGUUGACUUUUUUAUAUCUGGAAUAGCUCCUUUGGAGAAUCAAUUAGUUCUUCUCGGCUGUUUAAAAGAACCUAGUGAAAAGGGAACCAGUCAACGUCCGACCCUUCAUGUUGUAGAACCCAAAUAUCAAGAUUUUAUUGAUAUUUCAGCUAAUUAUUUAGGAUUAAGGGGUUACGAUCAAUAUCAUUGCAAUGAUUAUCAUUUGGAUUGCCUGCCAGAAGAAAACCGAUUUUUUAUUGUAAGCCCGAAAGAUAUAGUUGUUGCAAGUUUAUAUGAUGCUGAUGAUAGAAUUGAAUGGUUAUUAUCUCACAAAAAAUUUGAACAAGCCCUUGAAGCUGUACAAAUGAAUAACGGUAAAGACUGCAAACAUACAUUGAUUUAUGUUGGCAGGGUUUAUUUAGAUCAUUUAUUGGCCUGUGGAAAGUAUAAUGAAGCAGGAAAAUUAUGCCUCAAAGUACUUGGUCGUGAUAAAAAAUUAUGGGAAGAAGAAGUUUAUAAAUUUGCACGUGUACAUCAGCUUCGGUCGAUUUCUUCUUACCUACCUCGGGGAGAUGUUACUCUGGAUCCUCUCAUUUAUGAAAUGGUUUUAUAUGAGUAUUUGAAAAUGGAUCCUGACGGAUUUCUUCAACUAGUAAAAGAAUGGCCUCCAACUCUUUAUACAGUUGCUGCAGUCGUCAAUGGAGUAUUAGAACAUUUACUUGUUCAUAAUCAAAGACAGAAUGUUCUUUUAGAGGCUCUCGCUAUCCUUUAUAGCCAUGAUGGGAAGUACGACAAAGCUCUAGCUAUGUAUUUAAAAUUACGACAUAAAGACGUAUUCCAAUUAAUUCAGAAAUAUCAAUUUUAUCAUUCCGUUUAUGAUAUGAUUGAAGGAUUAAUGGAUCUCGAUACUGACAGAGCAAUUCAAUUUUUUUUAGACAAAAAUCGAAUUCCUCCUGACAUAGUUGUACAAAAAUUAUCCAAUAAUCAUCGAUAUUUAUAUCUAUAUCUUGAUGCGUUAGAUAAAACUGAUACAAAAGAUUCAAAAGGAAAGUAUCAUGGAUUAUUAAUCAGACUUUAUGCAGAUUAUUCUCGGGAUAAGCUGCUUCCACUGUUAAAAAGAUCAGAUAAUUAUCCCAUUCAAACUGCUCUUGAUAUCUGUAGCCAACGACAUUUUUAUCCAGAAAUGGUUUAUCUGCUCGGCAGGAUAGGAAAUACUUCAGAAGCUUUAAGUUUAAUGACAAAAGAGUUAAACGACAUCCAAGGUGCUAUAGCUUUUUGUCAAGAACACAAUGAUGAAGAGUUAUGGAAUGAUUUAAUCAAUUACUCAUUGCAAAAGUCAGAAAAUAUCACAUUUUUACUCCAAAAAAUUGGUACUUACGUUGAUCCAAGACUUUUGGUUCAGAAGAUUGAACCUUCAAUGGAGAUUCCUGGUUUGAAGAAAGCCUUAGUUAAAAUGAUGUGUGAUUAUAACUUACAAGUAUCAGUUCAAGAAGGAUGUAAGAAAAUUUUAUCAAAUGAUUAUUUCAAUUUACACGAGAAAUUAGUAAAAUCUCAUCAUAAAGGAUUUUACAUUGACGAUGAUCAGAUGUGUGGAGCAUGUCAUGGAAAAGUAAUAGUUAGAGAUCCAAGAAAUCUAGUCGUUUUUUACUGUAAACAUUUAUUCCAUGAAGAUUGUUUACCAGAUUUUGAACGAGUUGAAAAUUGUGUGAUUUGUAAUCCACAAAAGAACCAAAUAAUCAAUAAAUAAAAAGAUUGCGGAUGAGAUUUAUAUUAAUAGUACAUUGCUGUGCGUUUAAGUUUUAAUGUAAAUAUAAAAUUGCUUCUAAAUUUUACCAUGAUUAUUACUAGAACUAUUAAUAAAUACUGAAAUAUAAAACUAAAAGAUUUUAGUUUUAAUAAUAAUUAUGAUAAUAAUUAAUUAAAAUCAAUAUGAA